UGGGGAAAUGAAAGGAAGAAAAAAAAUGGUAGAAGAUAAAAACAGCGGUGGAAAUGAGAUGCCCUUUUUCCUGAACAAGACUUAGCGUAGACCUAAAGCUCCAUGUAAGCCCGAUCGAACCAAGCCAAGCCUCGAUCCACCAGCCUUAGCCACAGUAAAAUCCUCAUUUCGUAAAAGCGGCAAAAAGGCUAUUCCUUUCCAGAAGCCUCAACCACCCAGUAGUAGCCUCUCCAUCCCUGACUUCUCUUCAUCAGAGGGCGGUGAAGAGCGAACACGAAACCAAACCAAGUUUUUAUUAACCCCGUCAAACCAAAAAUCUCUUUCUUUCUCUCUCUCUCUCUCUCUAUCUCUUUCUAUCUCUUUCUAUCGAAGAGCUAAACUUUUAGCUAAAUUGCCGAACCCUUUCAACCACUCGUUAUCUUUUCCUGUGUGAACCGUCCCAACCUUCUUCAAUUUCGGUUGUCGAGUGUUGCCACCGUCUUAAUUGUUCGUUUUUGUGCUAAAACCCUAUUUUUUGGCCUCCGAUCGCCGGAUUCUUUUCUGGGUUUUCUUCCUAAUUGGAUAUCUGUAAAUGGGUUGAAGAGAAUAUUUGGGUUUUGGAAGCGAGGAAAAUGGAGUGGGACAGCAAUUCGGAUCUGAGCGGAGACGAGGAGGACGAGGGCUUCUUACUCAACGAUGGUGGGCCUCUUCCUUUUCCUGUGGAGAACUUGUUCCAAACUGCGCCAUGUGGGUUCGUCGUCACCGAUUCUCUUGAACCUGACCAUCCCAUCAUCUAUGUCAACACCGUCUUCGAAAUGGUUUCUGGCUAUCGGGCGGAGGAAGUGCUUGGUCGCAAUUGUCGGUUCUUGCAAUGUAGAGGUCCAUUUGCAAAAAGAAGGCACCCACUGGUUGACUCUUCAGUGGUUUCAGAAAUUAGAAGAUGUCUAGAGGAUGGCACUGAAUUUCAAGGCGAAUUGUUGAACUUUAGGAAAGAUGGUACCCCAUUGAUGAAUAAAUUGAGGUUAACACCUAUCUAUGGAGAUGAUGAAACAGUAACCCAUGUUAUUGGUAUCCAGUUCUUCACUGAAGCCGAUAUUGAUUUGGGACCUGUGACCAGUUCUACAACGAAGGAGUUAGCAAAAUCGUCUGAUAAGUUCCGUUCUGGCCUUUCAUCUUUUCGCUUUACAUCUGUUGGGGACCGAAAUAUUUGUCGUGGUGUAUGUGGUAUUCUCCAAUUGAGUGAUGAGGUGAUAUCGUUGAAAAUACUCUCACGGUUGACGCCCAGAGAUAUAGCGUCAGUAGGAUCUGUUUGUAGGCGGUUUUAUGAGCUGACGAAGAACGAGGAUCUCUGGAGAAUGGUCUGCCAAAAUGCCUGGGGUAGUGAAACAACACGUGUACUAGAGACUGUACCUGGUGCAAAAACUCUUGGCUGGGGCCGGUUAGCCAGAGAAUUGACAACUCUCGAAGAUGCUGCCUGGAGGAAGCUAACCGUAGGGGGAUCUGUCGAACCCUCACGUUGCAACUUCAGUGCUUGUGCAGUUGGUAAUAGAGUUGUAUUAUUUGGUGGGGAGGGUGUUAAUAUGCAACCGAUGAAUGAUACCUUUGUACUGGAUUUAAAUUCUAGUAAACCAGAGUGGCAGCAUGUUCAAGUUAGUUCUCCACCUCCUGGUAGAUGGGGUCAUACUCUUUCUUGUGUAAAUGGUUCUCAUUUAGUCGUCUUUGGCGGUUGUGGUAGACAGGGCUUGCUUAAUGACGUUUUCGUGUUGGAUUUGGAUGCGAAUCCUCCAACCUGGCGUGAAAUAUCUGGAUUGGCUCCUCCGCUUCCAAGAUCAUGGCAUAGCUCCUGCACUCUUGACGGCACCAAGUUGAUAGUCUCUGGUGGUUGUGCAGAUUCUGGAGUACUUCUGAGUGAUACUUUUCUGCUCGAUCUCUCAAUGGAGAAACCCAUUUGGAGGGAGAUACCUGUAACUUGGACUCCUCCCUCUCGGUUGGGGCACACAUUAUCUGUAUAUGGUGGCCGGAAGAUUUUGAUGUUUGGAGGUUUAGCAAAAAGUGGACCGUUACGGUUUCGAUCAAGUGAUGUCUUUACAAUGGAUUUAAGUGAGGAGGAGCCAUGUUGGAGAUGUGUAGCUGGAAGCGGAGUGCCGGGUGCUGGAAACCCAGGAGGGGUAGCACCUCCGCCUAGACUGGACCAUGUCGCUGUGAGUCUCCCUGGUGGCAGAAUACUGAUAUUUGGUGGCUCAGUGGCGGGUCUUCACUCUGCGUCACAGCUUUACCUCCUUGAUCCAACAGAAGAGAAACCAACAUGGAGGAUAUUGAAAGUACCUGGACGGCCUCCAAGGUUCGCAUGGGGACACAGCACGUGUGUCGUAGGGGGAACGAGGGCAAUAGUCCUGGGAGGUCAAACUGGAGAGGAGUGGAUGCUAAGUGAGCUUCAUGAACUAUCAUUGGCCAGUUCUCUCAUCUGAUUUGAAGAGGGAAGAAACAAAGAACAGUUGAGAGAGAGAGAGAGAAAGAGAGCCAUGGAUUGCAAGAUUAUGGUGAGAGAUUGAUUGAUGUGUUGGGAGAAAUGUUGUUGCUCUGGUCUGGUCUGGUCUGGUCAGGACUCUCUGUAUUAGAUAUGUUUGUUCCAAAAGAGCAUCAUAUUAUUCUUGUAUGGAACUGUUCUGACUCAGAAUAAAACUUUAAAAUUCAGUUUGAAACGAGUGAUGCCAAUACCGAUUCUUGCGUUGGGUGUGAGUUUUAGCAAGAAUGUUUUCUUCCAUAUUAGGGGUUAGAUUAUGUUGAUAGAGGGAUAGGUAUCUAUAUAUAAGUGCAUAUUCUUAGUAUCAUAAGAAUAUUUUGGUCUCUAAUGAUUCAGAUUCUAUAGUAGUAGGAUUUGGAUUUGGAAUUGGAAGAAGCAAAGAGGGAGUGAGUCCAUGUCUGUCUGUAAUAACUUUCUGCCCAGGAUUGGAACAACCAAGAUCUGAAAUACACAGGCAACCACUGCUGGUUCAGUUCCUUCAGCCACUGAAGGAAGAAGGAAAAAGGCAUCCAUGCAAACCCCCCCACCCCUUCUCUUUUCUGUACAAGUAACACUCUGCUGCUUAUCUUAUUUAUUAUAUAUAUUUUGCUGUCUU